CAUUGGUUGCCUCAUCUCUUCCCCUUUGAAACGACUGCAGGCCGUCCGUUUGACGACUCUGCUGCGAGGCGCUGCAAUUAACUAUUUGUUUCCCAUCUUACAAACUAAAGAAGAUAGUGGAUAAAACACUAUUCGCCAAGUGUUGUUAGCCAUGAUGAGUGCUUCCAAACUCAAGGCGGUGUCCUCUGGACGGCUGACGGGGACGACAAGAAGAGGGAAGAAAGACGUGAUGGUUCAGAGGUUUACCAGACCAAUCACAGUGCCGGCCUACUCCCUCUACUCCACAGACUCUGAGGACCAGGUGAGCACCAUCCACCGGGGUCUGGACCACUGUGCCUCCCUGCUGGACCGCCUCCUCCAGGCGGACUCGGCCGAAAGUAAACCAAGUCAGAAUGGCGUGGUGGACACCAGAGGUCAAAGGUCACUUGGAAGGCGACACAACCUGGAGAGGAGGAAAACCGGGAGAACCAAGACAGCUCCACCGGCCGUCCCCUCCCCGGCCGUGACCCCCCCCAGCGAUGCGCCGGGGGCCGCCCCGGACGCCCCGCGCUCAGUCGGUCCCGCAGAGGGAGCCAAUCAGCUGUCCGGUCAGCCGACCAAUAGGACGACCGCACGGUUCAACGCACGCCUGCCCACCUCCACGCCGUCCCGGAGCCCUACGGGGGUCCCCAAUGGAGACCCCCAGUCCGUGGCCCCCUCUCUGGGCCGCCUGGCCCCCCCAGGCGGCCCCUCGGCCUGUCUUACAGCCGGGGCUAACGGCGGCACGCUAGCAUCGUCUCCCCCUCUCCCAGGGGCCCUGGCCCCGUCUCACCCUCUCCCUCUCCCAGGGGCCCUGGCCCCGUCUCACCCUCUCCCUCUCCCACAGGCCCUGGCCCUGUCUCACCCUCUCCCAGGGGCCCUGGCCCCGUCUCACCCUCUCCCUCUCCCAGGGGCCCUGGCCCCGUCUCACCCUCUCCCUCUCCUAGGGGCCCUCACCCCGUCUCACCCUCUCCCAGGGGCCCUCACCCCGUCUCACCCUCUCCCUCUCCCAGGGGCCCUGGCCCCGUCUCACCCUCUCCCAGGGGCCCUCACCCUGUCUCACCCUCUCCCUCUCCCAGGGGCCCUGGCCCCAUCUCACCCUCUCCCAGGGGCCCUGGCCCUGUCUCACCCUCUCCCACAGCCCGGGCCCCCGUCUCACCCUCUUACACGGGCCCCCUGCCCCCGCCCCCUCCCCUCUGUGGCAGCCUAUCAGCAGCCCCCUCAGACCCCCCCUGGUCCCGCCCCCUCCGCCAGCCCCCUGGCCCUGCCUCUCUCCCUGGUUGCCCCGUCUCCACAUCCCCGUCCCACCAGCCCGGUGGGACGGCCCGUCGCCCCCCCUCCCUCUGACCAGCCAGGGAGGCCCCUCCCCCUACAGAACCCGCCUCCUACCUCUGGACCAAUAGGAGGAGGAGGAAGAGCGGUCACUGGCCGAGCGACGGAGGACGAGGGGGAACGGGAGGAGUGCACGGCAGGGGCGUGGACGGCGAAGGAGUGCACGGUGGAGAGAUUGCAACAUACGCUGGAGGAGCUCUGGACCGUGCUAGCGGGAAAAGGUUACACGGCGGCAGAACGGCUGCUGACUGAGUUUGAGCGGGCGCUGGCAGAUGGCCCUCUGGGGCCCCAGACCAGCCUGGCCCCGCAGGCGCUACGCAGCCAGAACGCCCAGCCGCACCGGGGUAUGAGGAUCUUCAACCAGCAGUUGCAGGAGAGAGAGAGGGCCGAGAGACUUUGCAGAGAAAGCCACUGUGACGCAAUGUGCCUGGAGGCGGAGCUUAGCGCCGUCCAAUCACAGCUGGGGAGGCUGCAGGCGGAGGUGUCGGAGCUGCGGAUGGCCUUGCAUGAGAAGGACGCCGAGAACGCCCGCAUCAGAGCAGGCUCUGUGGCCCGGUGUCCCGGGACGUCUGGCCAGGUGCUCCUGCUGGCCCAGACGAGGCUGAAGGAGAUGGCGUCUCGGCCCGGUCUCUGCAGUGUGCUCCAGGGGCCCCCUCUGACCCGCCGGGCCCUGGACCAACACCAGCGUGGGCAUGACCACUCGGGGCCCUCGUCCAACCAGGUCCACCAGUACCUCAGCUCCCUGGGCGCCGGCCAAUCGGGGGCUGGUAUUUUGGAGCCCUGCCCGGAUGUUUGGGAGGAUGACCGCUGCAUCAGCUUGUCUGUGAUGCGAGGAGCCAGUGAGUCAGUGGUGGGUGGAGCCAGUGAGUAUGUGGGGGGAGGAGCCAGUGAGUCAGUGAUGGGAGGAGCCAGUGAGUCUGUGGGGGGAGGAGCCAGUGAGUCAGUGAUGGGAGGAGCCAGUGAGUCAGUGAUGAGAGGAGCCAGUGAGUCAGUGGUGGGAGGAGCCAGUGAGUCAGUGAUGAGAGGAGCCAGUGAGUCAGUGGUGGGAGGAGCCAGUGAGUCAGUGGUGGGAGGAGCCAGUGAGUCAGUGGUGGUAGGAGCCAGUGAGUCAGUUGUGGGAGGACCCAGUCAGUCAGUUGUGGGAGGAGCCAGUCAGUCAGUUGUGGGAGGAGCCAGUGAGUCAGUGGGGGGAGGAGCCAGUGAGUCUGUGGUGGGACGAGCCAGUGUGUCAGUGGGGGGAGGGGCCAGUGUGUCAGUGGGGGGAGGGGCCAGUGAGUUUUUUGGGGGAGGGGCCAGUGAGUCGAUAAGGGGAGGCGCCAGUGAGUCCAUGAGGGGAGGGGCUUGGCUGGAUCCAGAGAGGGUGACCUUUGCACCGCCAGAAGAAGUAGCGACCUCAUCGCUGGGGGGCGGCGGCCAGAGCUACCAGAAAGUUCUCCGGCUCUUGCGGAGCUCCAACGCGCUCGCCCCCCUGCCGGGCCUGGGCCAGUCACACGGCUCCCCCCACUGGGAGGUGGCGUCCCAUUGGUCGGUCGGGUCAGGCUCCACCUUCGACACGAGGGACGAGGUGGCGUUCUGCCACGGGAUGGCGGUUCUGGACGCCAGCAUUGCCAGCCUGCAGCGCAGCCUCAGGAAGGACCUGGUCACAUGACCUGGUCACAUGACCCGGUCACAUGACCCGGUCACAUGACCAUCAGGAAGGACCUGGUCACAUGACCCGGUUACAUGACCCUCAGGAAGGACCUGGACACAUGACCUGGGCACUUGACCCUCAAGAAGGAGCUGGUCACAUGCCGUGGUCACAUGACCUGGUCACGUGACCCUCAAGAAGGACCUGGUCGCUUGACCUGGUCACAUGACCUGGUCAGUUGACUGGAUCACAUGACAUGGUCACUUAACGUGGUCACUUGACGUGUGUGUGGUGAUAUUUAUAUUAUAUCUUAAUUUAAUUUUUACAAAUGACUUGUUUAUGAACUGUGGCUUAAAUAAAUUCACGAAAUAAAAACUUUUUGAAAGAA